CGUGAGGUACUCUCAGUACACAUCGGCCAAGGAGGCGUGCAGAUGGGCAACGCCUGUUGGGAGCUGUAUUGUCUGGAACACGGCAUACAACCCGACGGUAUGCUGCCGCCGCAAAAUUGCGCGAGCGACGAAGGCUUUCAGACUUUCUUCAGCGAGACCGGCGGCGGCAAAUACGUGCCCCGAGCCGUCUUCCUCGACCUCGAACCCACAGUGAUAGACGAGGUGCGCACGGGAACCUACCACCAGCUGUUCCACCCCGAGCAACUGAUCUCCGGCAAGGAGGACGCCGCGAACAAUUACGCGCGCGGUCACUACACCCUCGGCAAGGAAAUCAUCGACCUGGUGCUCGACCGGAUCCGCAAGAUAGCCGACAUGUGCUGCGGCCUCCAGGGCUUCCUCAUCUUCCACGCUUUCGGCGGCGGUACCGGCUCCGGCUUCGCCAGUCUGCUAAUGGACCGUCUGUCGACGGACUACGGCAAGAAGGCGAAGCUGGAGUUCGCCAUCUACCCUUCGCCGCAGAUCUCCACCGCCGUGGUGGAGCCGUACAACGCCAUCCUGACGACCCACACCACCCUGGAGAACUCGGACUGCGCGUUCCUCGUGGACAACGAAGCGAUCUACGACAUUUGCCGGCGUAAUCUCGACAUCGAGCGGCCGACCUACACGAAUCUGAAUCGGCUGAUCGGCCAGAUCGUCUCGUCGAUCACGGCGUCGCUGAGAUUCGACGGCGCCCUCAACGUCGACCUCACCGAGUUCCAGACCAACCUCGUGCCCUAUCCUAGAAUACACUUCCCCUUGGCGACUUACGCGCCGAUCGUGUCCGUCGAGAAGGCUUACCACGAGCAGUUGACGGUGAUGGAGCUCACCUCGGCUUGCUUCGAGCCGGCCAUGCAGAUGGUCAAGUGCGACCCACGCAGGGGCAAGUACAUGGCCUGCUGUUUGCUGUACCGAGGCGACGUCGUCCCGAAGGACGUGAACGCCUCUAUCGCGACCAUCAAGACGAAAAGGUCGAUACAGUUUGUCGAUUGGUGCCCGACCGGAUUCAAGGUAGGGAUCAAUUAUCAGCCGCCAACUGUGGUGCCGGGCGGAGACCUCGCGAAGGUGCAACGAGCCAUGGCCAUGUUGGCGAACACCACAGCCAUCGCCGAGGCGUGGGGCCGGCUGAAUCGGAAAUUCGAUCUGAUGUUCAGCAAACGAGCGUUCGUGCACUGGUACAUCGCUGAGAAUAUGGACGAGAGCGAGUUCAAUGAAGCCAGGGAGGACCUGGCGGCGUUGGAGAAAGACUAUAAAGAAGUCGCCGCGGAUUCUCCUGAUAUCGGAGAGGAAGAACUUUAA